AGUACAUGGCUGCGUAUAUAUGAGAUCUGAUACAAUUGUUAUAUCGUUUUGUAAGUCAUUUUAAAAACGAAGUCAAAGUGAUUCCGAUUAAUUUCAUCGCAAUGUGCUUAAUUUUUUUCAAGAUAUAAGUGUCAUGUCUCAAGAAUCGAAUUCGACGAUUGUUGAAUGGAACGAAUCUGAAUCACGCGUAUAUUACAUCUGAUGCAGAAUAUUAGUGUAAUCUGUUCCUCUUAUUUAAGAAGCAAGUUAAAACAGAUUCCAAGAACAUGCGUUAAUUGUUGAAGCGUGAAUCAUACCAAUUACAUUACUGGUUAUAUAUCAAGAAUCAUAUUUCGAUCAUGGAGGUUAUUGAUAUCAAUUAAUGUUAAUAGAAUUAUAUAUACAAUUAAUAAAAGUUGGCUAGUGUUGAUAAAUUUAUUUAGUGAAAACACGAUUGGAAAUACAUUGUAUCAUGGAGAAAUUUAUGAUCGACUUAGACAAAGUCCUCAAUGAUUUUGAAUUCAACGAAGAUUGCGCAGAGCAAAUAGCGUCAGUCGCAACUUCUAUUAAAGCUUCAGCUGCGGAGAAGCAUAAUGAAUCUCUGGUUCCCAAAAUAUGUAACUUUAAUCCUGAGAAAGGCAUAACAAUCGAUGUAGUACCGUCUGUUGAAAACUAUAGAGAUACUCAACCAAUAGACAUUGACUCCAAAUAUUCAUUAACUGAAAAGGAGAUAGUGUUUAUGUCGGAGAAUAGAGAAUCCGUAAAUAAUUUCUAUACACAUGAUCGUAUCAAUGAUAUCACGUUUGGGCAGAAAUCAUGUGUUCAUACUUAUACUGAUUUUGAUGAAGUGUCUUCAACGAUAGAUAAUAAUAUAUCACAAAACUUGACGCAGGAACAACAGAAUGCAAGUAGUGAUUCGAAAGAUGAUGAUAGAUAUGACAAAAAAUUAAAUCAACCGAAUUUCAAGCCUAGUAUCAGCAAUGUGUUUAAUAGUUUGAACGAAUAUAUUAAUGCUCCUACUGGAAGUUUAAAUUAUGUUGAACCUAUAUUAGAUAAAGACGAUUUAUUUGAAAGAUCCAUAGAUGACGCAGUGAAGAAAGAUUUUAAAUCAAACAGAGAUGUGAUCAUUAAUGAACUUUCUUCAAUUUCAAUGGAAAAAGAGAUAAUUAAUGUAAUUGACGAAAAUAUUUUGGACCAUAAAAAUAUUUUACCGAUGGAAUUAAAUAAGUUCGUCAAAGUUGAAAUUAAUAACAAACAGGAUAAUACAAUGCAAAAUAUUAUGUUUCAUCAUCCUAUUUCGGUACAGUCUGAAGAAAAUAAUUCUAUAAUUUCUACACCAAACACGGCCAUCUCGAAUCAUAAUGAUGUAAUAGAUAUGGAAUUGUCUAGUAACAAAGGUGAUGUAGAUAAAAAGAUCAUAGCUAAUGAUACAUUUGAAGAAAAUUCUGACAGAUAUAUUAGCAAACAAAAGCAGUUAGACUUGAAUAGGCGAAAUUUCAUCGACAAAUACACAUUUGUUGAAAAUAAAGAAAGCAUAGUAGAAACUAAAAAGUUGGAUAAAAAUAUAACAAGUAACGAAAAUCAAAAUAAUAAUAUAGAAACAAUUAAAAGUGACAUUUUUUCCAAUGUACGUAUACGUACAAUUGAUACCAGCGACGACUUUUCCGAAGAAGAAUUAAAUCAGUAUUUAUUAGAGUUAGAGAAAGAAGAAAGAUCUAAAACGGAUAAUAUAUCACUUUCGGAUAAUACCUGGUUGUUACAAUCAUAUGAAUUGAGAAGAGAUAGAGAAAAGAAUGCCAAUCAUUGUCAACGAGAUGACGAAGAUGUUAAUGAAGCGCCGAUAUUUGAGAAAAUUAUGAUAGGCGAGCUUCCAAAAAUAUCACAAGAGGAAUUUCAGAAGACGAAAAAAUUUCCUGUAAUUGAUUAUAACACGGAUAUAUGUCAUGAAAAUAUAGUAGAUGUAAAAUGUAAUAAUACAGUAAAAUUCGAUUUAAAAAGUAAUCAACUAAAAUACACAAAAAGUAAUGAGCUAGGCAAAACAACAAAAGAUAACCAUGUAACUGAAAUAAUUGGUCAAGGUGUAGAAAUACAAGAGAAAACCUUACAAACAUGUAUCGCUGUUCAAGAGAAAAUUUCAUCGAAAUUUGAAAAUAUUGGAGAACAUUUGUGUAGUAAUAAUAUGGUACAGAAAUUACAAGAUUCUAAUAGAGACAUUCUAUCACAAGAUUGCAACAGUGAUACUUUAUUAAAUUUAUCAGAAAACAAAGAUUGUGAAAAAAAAGUAUACUGUCAAGAUAUUACUGAGAAUAAUAAAGAUGUUUUUGUGGUAUAUGAGACCAGUGUACAUGAUAAUGAGAACAUAUCCAAGAUGGAAUCUGUAUCUAAAAACAAUGAUUCUCAUACAAGAGGAAAUGAUCAAGAAUUCGAAAAACCGAUUCGUCCCCAGACAUUAGAUAUUGUAUUGACGCAUGAUAAAAAUGAUUCCCAUACAUUUGAGUUCUGGAACAGGACGUUCUUGCUUUCUCAAAGUGAAGAAAAUUCUUCAGAAAAGGAUACUGAUAUGACUUAUCGUUGGAUCCCACACAAUUUGACCGAAGCUCAAAAACAGUUCGUGUUAAAUGGAGCAAAGAAAUGCUCAAGAAAUUCAACCGAGGUCGGUCAAAUUUGGUCUACAACAUCAUUACUGGGGACGAAACAUGGAUCUAUUCGUAUGAGCCCGAAAUAUGCCAGCGAGGAAGAGAACGCGAUAGAACGCACCGCGAAAACUCCUGCAGUCGUUGAAAGAGCUCAAGCGCUGAUUUCGGAUGACCUAGGGCAAUCGUUGCGCGUUCUGAUAGAUGUGAAGCCAUGGAUGGAAACUGUGGCGUCCGGAAGGCCAUAUGUUUUUCAACAGGACGGUGCACUAGCUCAUACGAGUAAUUUUAUUCAAAAUUGGCUCUCAGACGAUAUGUUUCGGUCCAAGGAAUUCUGGCCUCCUAACAGAUUUAAAUCCCUUGGAGCUAUUACACAUGAAGAGCACGUCGCCGGGCAACGAACAGCUGAGCGAAGACGCAAGUUAGACAGAUUCUGUGAAUCUUCGAGUACUGCACCAGAGGUACCAGAGCACUCAGAAAUUGAUGUUGUUGAUGAAGAUCGCGGUGCUUCGUCGGAUGUUUCUGAUAACUCUUUAGUCGAAUGUAAUACAGUAUUGGGAAAACAGCCUCCAUUUUGGAUUCCAGAUAGUGAUGCACCUAGCUGUAUGUUGUGUGAUGUUAAAUUUACUGUACUUAAAAGACGUCAUCAUUGUCGUGCUUGCGGUAAAGUACUAUGUAACAAAUGUUGCAAUAUGAAAUACAGAUUAGAAUACCAGGGAAAUAUUGAUUCCCGCGUUUGUGUCUCAUGUUUUCAUCUACUUACAAAAGCAGAGAACGAACAGGGAAUAGGUGAUUGGUCAGCCAGCUAUAAUUCAUAUACUGACUGUGGCGAUGUUAAUUCCGUACAAGAGAGACAGCCUAAUCCAAAUAAUCCCAUGGAAUACUGUUCAACUGUACCACCUUUGCAACAGUUAGCUGGCAGUUUGCCGCCACCACCAGCGGUGAUGGUACCUGUGGGCGUUCUAAAAAGAGAGGGUUCAAAACAUCGUGCAGAAGGACAAAAAUCUGUAAUAUUUAGUGAUGGAAUAAGGCCUGGCUGUGACCUGACAGAGUUAGACACGUGUUGGGACCCAAAACUACCGUACCGUAAGCAGGGAAAUAAACGGAUUUUUGCAUCGGGGUCUGUGUUGACGGAUACUGCAAUGAGAAGACAAAAUCAUCCACCUUUAGAUAAUACGACCAAUAGUUACAUACCACAUGAUUCUAAUUUAUUUCCUCCGACUGUCACGAUACAUAAAGGCCAAAUUAUAUACCAUCCACCUAUGGACGAAAGUGUGCUUUAUAAAACGCUGAAAAACGAAUGCGAACCGUCAGUAAUGUUCGCAAUUAAUCAUAAUCUUUACGCAUAUGUGAAAAUAACUAACUUAAAUUGCUGCGUAAACAAGAUCUGCUGGAAUGUGACAUCGAGAGGUCUUGCUUGUAUUGGUCAGGAUGAAAUUAUUUUAUUAGUUGAAGUUUUGCCAGAUGAAACACGGAUUCCAAAGGACCUUCUCACAUACAUUAAUCAAUUAUAUCUCGAAGCUAUUAAAGGUAAUACAGUGACGGAACUCGGCUUCUCAGUAUAUCAAAGUACCAACCUAUUAUUAGGUUCACGCGAGCAUGUGGGAUUUCUUUUUAUUCGUCAGACAUUGCAAUGCUUACAAAAGAUUAUUUUACCGCCUGCACCUUUUUUGAUUGGUCUGUUGGUUCACAGGUGGGAAACUCCAUGGGCUAAAAUGUUUCCAUUAAGAUUACUUUUACGACUUGGAGCGGAAUAUCGUUAUUAUCCUUGCCCAUUGGUGUCUGUUCGUUUUCGAAAUGCGUUAUAUUUUGAGAUUGGACACACUGUUAUGAAAGUAUUAGCAGAUUUUAGAAAUUUCGGAUAUACUUUGCCAGGAGUGAGGGGCUUAACAAUUCACCUUAAAAAUCGUACAACGGACGUUAUGUUUCCUAGAAAUCGAUACGACCAAGUCAUAAAAGGACUUCAUAAUUCGAAUGAUCACGUCUUAGCUUAUGCCUCAAAUUUUAGUAUAACCGCUGAUUCACAUUUAGUUUGCAUACAAACAAAUACUGGUGACGAGAGCAGUUAUCAAACGCAAGCGAUAAACAUUCACAACAAGCCAAGAACAGUAACUGGCGCCAGUUUCAUCGUCAUCAAUGGUGCUCUAAAAUCUUCUAUGGGUCUUUCUGCCAAAUCUAGUAUUGUUGAGGAUGGAUUAAUGGUAGAAAUAAUGCCAGAAAAAAUGGAAGCUUUGAAAGCUGCUCUCAAAAAUAUGCAAGAUUUUUCGAUCGGUUGUGGACGCCAAGGAGCAUUGGAACCGGACGAAGUUGUAAACAUAAAGUGGGUCGAUAAUGAUAUGCUGUUUAAUCUAGGGAUAAAUGCAGCCAGAUUUUUUGCAGAUUUUUUGAAGACCGACUUCUUUGAUUAUUUAGAAGACACCCACCUGCAGCAACGGAUUGAAAUGUGGUUUCAACUCGAUGGGUGUCCAGCUCAUUAUAGCAGAAUUAUUCGAGCUUGGCUAGAUAGACAUUUUCCACAUAGAUUGUACUGGAUGAAGGAAGGAAAGGAUGGAGGAAUAAUUAGUAAAAUAAUAUUAUUUCAAAAGUCAGAUGAUCACUCAAGUGGCGUGAAUGAUCCUGUAGAUAUAAAUAAACUAUCUGGCAAUAUAGCAAAAGCGACAUGUGCAGCAUUAGUUAAAUUGCUGGAUCUUUUGGCAACAGCAGGUUUAACAAAGCUCGGUGUGCGGACAACGAUUCAUCCAGAUAACGUGGGAUAUGAAGCUGGAAGUGAAGGUACAAAAUUACCGCCAAUAUAUAUGAAAAGUUUAGACAAUGAAUUGAUUCAAGUUUUACAUAAAGCUGUGCAAAGCAGUCAGGAUGCAUAUACCGUGCUUGAAUUGAUAUUUUAUGUGCUUGAGGAUUAAAAGGAAUAUACAGUAUUUCAAUUGCUGAUGACAUUGAAAAAUUUUCAUUGAACUACGAAGAUGUGCAAUUGUGUCGAACAUCAUGAUGCAGUGAUUAUAUAAUCUCUAUGUUAUUUUUUAUUGUAUAUUUUGUUUUAUAUUAUUUCCA